CAAACAUCAGCAUACCGAAUAACCUUAUAGACUGGAAAACCAGUUAAACAGUAUAAAAUUAAUAAGAACGGUUGAGUGUAUCGCAUUUACAACAAGGCAGUCGAUCUACAAUUCAACACACCUGCUUCGACCAUAUUUUCACGGAGAAAAUGUCUGACACACUCACAGAUAUCAAAGUCUCCCAGCAGCAUGCAUCAAGACCACCACCCCUUGCAUUAGGUAUAAAUGUGGAAAAACCCAAGUUUCCUCAGUAUGCUGUCUAUUCAAAACGACUGGAAUCUUUCGAUGCCUGGCCAGAAUACCUGCCAGUACAAAAGAAAGAUAUGGUCGAAGCAGGUUUGGUAUAUACAGGAGUAGGCGACAGUGUGCGAUGUUACUUUUGUGGCGGAGGUCUAAGAAACUGGGAGAUUGGAGACGUGCCUAUGGAGGAACAUGCAAAAUGGUAUCCAAAAUGUCCCCAUAUUUUACUGGUUAAAGGACAGGCAUACAUUGACAAACUUUCACGAGGAGAAAAGCCUGAGACAGACGGAGCAGAUGGAAUAAGUAGUAAACAGGAUUUGGCCGAUGAAAUCAACUACAUAGAGAGUAUAGCAGCACAAAGUUGCAUAGAAAUGGGCUACACCAAAGACAUUGUUGCUAAAGCAAUAACAAUUUUCAUUUCAAAACACGAAAACACAGAUUUCAAAGGUACAGAUUUGUGCGAAAUUAUUUUUGAUAUAGAGGAGAAUCCUGAAGCACAAGAAAAGAGCACUGGUGAUGGAAAUGCAAUUGCUGAGAGCUAUGAUAAAGCCAAUCAUGCAAUAAAGGUUGAUGAGCAAUUAGAACCAGUAGAAACUCUUCUAGAAGAAAAUCAAAGACUUAAGGAGAAUCAGAUGUGUAAAAUAUGUCUUGACAGCAGAGCUGAUGUGAUAUUUUUACCAUGUGGUCACAUGGUCAGCUGUCCACAGUGUGCUCCAGCUCUUAUAAAAUGUCCUGUUUGCAGACAAACUGUCAAUGGACAACUGAAAGCAUUCUUUUCUACUGUGAUUAACUCCCAUAAAUGAUGAUGUUGGCCCUAGUAGAGCUCAAUAACGCCAAACAAAAUGAGACAUAAUGAAACCAAUUGCUAUAUUUUAAAUUCUAACAGUGGUUAUGUAAGCAUAAAUCUCUCUAACACUUUUCGAUGUUUAUGCAUGUUUUCAUAAAUUGUCUACUAGGGUUAAAGUUUCGAGCUCAUGACAUCAGAAUUACACUAUGACUAAAGCAAAAGGAGUACUGCAUCAGUAUGGACACUAGUUUUACCUACAAAUAGUUAGAAUAUGUGUUCAAUUAUAUGAAUUUAUCUACCUCAAAAUUACUAGUCAUAUGUUCCUAUGGGAAUAUUUGUUGACGUUGUUUAAGAUACAGUGAAUGUUGUUUAAAGUCAUAUGUUAAAUAAAGAAUAAAUUGUUUUUGUUGGUA